AUGUCAUCACUGAUAUUUGUGCAGCUCCUUCUCCUGGGGUUAAGGGUCAUCAGCACCACAACAGACACAUGGAGACACUGUACAGAUCUGCUCCCUCUGGAUCUCCUGUCUUUUGUCCUCGAGCGGGACACCUCCAAACUUGUGCCCGGGGUGCACAUGAAGCAGGCUGGAGGGGUGAGGGGUGUACAUUUCUCCAGCCCUCAUACUGUCUUGAGCUUUCCCUCCUCCCAGCUGCUGGUGAAUUGUGAUCUCUUCCCAAAAGAAUUCUCCAUUGUUGUGACUCUAAAAGUCACUCACGCUGCAUCCGCGAGGAAUGAAUACAUCUUUUCACUGAUGGAGCCAAAAACAGUGGCAGCGGAGGAGAAGGAGAACGAUAAAGGAGAUGAGGAGAAGCAAGGCAAAAGUAAUGAGGAACAUGGACGGAUCAUCCUGGGACUGAGGUUUUCGAGAAAAUAUCUGCACUUCCUUUUUAAAGGUCACGGAGGGGUCGUAGAGCACUGGGUGUUUCGAAGCACCCAACUGGCUGAUAACCAGUGGCACACUCUGGUUUUAACCAUUGGUAGUCACGUGAGGCUCACAGUGGACUGUAACUCACCAGUGGAAAUCGUUCCCUCCACGCCUUUCCCUUCAGACCUUAACAUUCAGGGAUCCAGAUUCCACAUUGGCAGUCGGGGGAGAUGGAAAGGCUUGUUUUCAGGCCUGCUGCGGCAGCUGGUUUUGCUGCCAGGUUCGGAUGCCACCCGUCAGAUCUGCCCCUCUUCCGACCCCCAACUAGCAGCUCUGUCGGUACCACCGCUUCUCUUAGAUCUGCCUGUGAUGGGGAGGGAAGGUGAAAGCCAUGAAACGGAGGAGCCAGUGUCAGUGGGGUUGGAGCGCUCCUGCUCAGAGUUGCAACAAGGCCAGCUGUGGUUCAACCCGCUCAGGAAAGGCCUCUACCUCUGCGACGGUACAGUGUGGAUCACUGUACUAGAGGAUCACAAAAGACUGGACUAUGUAUUGGAACAUCAGGUCCUAACCACCAGCUCAGAGACACAUGAUGUGGAGGUUUUCCAGGUACCUGGCAUGGGUCUGAUGGCUGCUAUGGCUCACCGCUCCAAAGCCUCCGGCUCUGCUGUGUAUCUGUGGACCCACUCAGGAUUCAAGCUCUACCAGAAUAUUACCACCCAUGAAGCCCUGGUUUGGAGACACUUCAACAUGGGAAAGAAAACAUACCUGGUGGUGUCUAACUCUGGGGGAGGGCAACACAAUCGUUUUAACAAAGAGUCAGAGAUGGACUUUUCUGUGAUUUACAAGUGGAGCAAGAAAAGAAAAAAGUUUGUGCAGUUCCAGUCUCUGCAGACCUACUGUGCCCGUGACUGGGAAGCCUUUAACAUCAAUCGACAAACCUAUCUCGCUGUGGCCAAUCAUAGACAAGGUAAUAAUAAUCACACUAUAGACAGUGUGAUAUACAGGUGGAACAGGUUAACAAAGUCUUUUGAGGUUCACCAGAUGCUGCCAACCUCAGGGGCCUAUGACUGGGAGUUCUUCACUGUCGGACCAUACCAUUUCCUUGUGGUUGCAAAUGCUUUCGAUGGAGUGACCACUUCUGUAGACUCUGUCAUCUAUGUUUGGAUCAAUGGAAGCUUCCAGGUGUUCCAGACAAUUAAGACAUUUUGCGCCACAGACUGGGAGAUGUUUCAGAUUGGCAGCAGAGUCUUCUUGGUUGUUGCCAAUGGACACAGACUCCAUGGUAACGGACCAAGUCGAUACGCCAUCAACUCCACUAUCUAUGAGCUUGACAUGAAUGGACAGCUAUUUGUCCGCUUCCAGGACAUUGUCACUUACAGUGCAGUGGACUGGGAGUUCUUCAGCCUCGGGGAGGAACAUUUUCUGGUUGUCGCUAACUCCUUUAACGGAGAAUCCUACUCUCUCAACAGCAUUCUCUACAGAUGGCAGGGAUAUGAAGGCUUUGUUCCUGUUCAUUGGCUCCCAACCAUUGGGUGCAGUGACUGGGAGUUUUUCAGCUUUAAAGGAGAAUCAUAUCUGAUCUACUCUAGUGCCAAAGCACCUCUCUCCAAAGUGUUCAAACUGAAAACCUAUUAGGCAAAAAGAGAGUGUGCACAUGGCUUUGUGAACUGUGUGUGUGUGUGUGUGUGUGUGUGUGUGUGUGUGUGUGUGUGUGUGUGUGUAUGUGUGUGUGUGUGUGUGUGUGUGUGUGUGCAUGUCAUUCUUUGUAAGGGUGUACAUUGUCCUUUUGUGUCUGUGUUUUUGUGUGAGAAAAUGUAUGCAAUAAUGUUUGAAAUGUGUGUGUGCCUUUACAAAACUAUGCUUGUCCACUAUUUCAGGGUCAACCUCAAUUACAUACUGUCAGGGUUUUAGCAACCAUUAAAGCCAUGUCCUUAAUGUUAUUUUUGGGGGUUGUCUAGCGGGUUUUAACAAGCUGAGGAGGACAUUGCAUUCAACAACUACAAAGAAAUUGCACAUGGUGGAUUUUGAAGAAUUAUUCUGAUAUUCCUUAGGGUAAAUAUCUUUGUAUUUUAUGGUUUUAGGCAAGAAACAUUAAGUUAAAUUGACAUAUGAUAAAAGGAUUAAUCUAGCGUUUUUAUAUUCUUGCAGCAUGGAGACAGUUUUGAAACUGCAUUUAGACCAUCAUGUAGGGAGAUAAAAUUUACAGAAAAUGUCAUUUAACAGUUAAACCAAUUAGUAAAAUACGAAAAAAAAAGUAAAAUAAUUACAGAGUUUUUUUUGUGGUGACUACUCAGAAAAUCUCCCAGGGGUUUUGCCUGGGUAAUUUGGUAUAAUGACUAACCCUGCAUACAGUUAUCCCACAAUAUUAACUGUUUGUGCUAGGUUAACAUCUAAACCUCAUUUUAAAAAGACAAUUUAGUGUGGACAAAAGUUCUAUGAGAAUAUGUCUAUUUGUGUGCAUUUUCCGACAGAAAUGGACAGCCUCUAAGAUUCCUAUAUUUCCGUAAAAGCAUUUUAUAUUGAAAUUAUAUUUAACAUUUUGUUUAUCUAGUGGAAUGUGUUCUCUCAAAAAGACUUGGACUGAUUGUAACUUUUUGCCUUUGACUGCAUGAAUUAUAAAUAUAUAUGUAAAAGUGAAAGUAAAUUAUUGAAAUUACA